UGGCUGCUGUGACAAAGGGAAACUGUGCUUUUCCAGCAUGCUUACUGACCCUGAUUUACCUCAGGAGUUUGAAAGGAUGUCUUCCAAGCGACCAGCCUCUCCGUAUGGGGAAGCAGAUGGAGAGGUAGCCAUGGUGACAAGCAGACAGAAAGUGGAAGAAGAGGAGAGUAACGGGCUUGCCGCCUUUCACCUUCCCUUGAAUGUGAGUUUUCCCAACAAGCCUCACUCUGAGGAAUUUCAGCCAGUUUCUCUGCUGACGCAAGAGAGUUCUGUCCAUAGGACUCCCACUUCUCAGCACAACAUAAUGGAUGUCGAUGGCAAUAAAGUGAUGUCUUCAUUUGCCCCACAUAACUCAUCUACCUCACCCCUGAAGGCAGAAGAAGGUGGGCGUCAGAGCGGAGAAUAUUUAUCCAGCACAGCUCUGGGAACUCCCGAGAGACGUAAGGGGAGCCUAGCGGAUGUCGUAGACACCCUGAAACAAAGGAAAAUGGAAGAGCUCAUCAAAAAUGAGCCAGAAGAAACCUCCAGUAUUGAGAAGCUCUUAUCAAAGGAUUGGAAAGACAAGCUUCUUGCCAUGGGAACGGGAAACUUUGGAGAAAUAAAAGGGACUCCGGAAAGCUUAGCAGAGAAAGAGAGGCAGCUGAUGGGGAUGAUCACCCAGCUGACCAGUCUGCGGGAGCAACUGCUGGCGGCGCACGAUGAACAGAAGAAGCUGGCCGCUUCGCAGAUCGAAAAACAACGCCAACAAAUGGAACUGGCCAAGCAGCAGCAGGAGCAGAUUGCAAGACAACAACAGCAGCUUCUACAGCAGCAACACAAAAUUAAUCUCCUGCAGCAGCAGAUCCAGGCCCAAGGUCAGUUGCCUCCAUUGAUGAUUCCAGUUUUCCCUCCGGAUCAACGGACCCUGGCGGCAGCAGCUCAGCAAGGAUUUCUUCUCCCUCCUGGCUUCAGCUACAAGGCCGGAUGCGGUGACCCUUACCCUGUUCAGCUGAUUCCAACUACCAUGGCAGCCGCUGCUGCCGCCACGGCUACCCCGGGUUUAAGUCCGCUCCAACUGCAGCAACUGUACGCCGCCCAGCUUGCUGCCAUGCAGGUGGCUCCCGGCGGAAAGCUUCCAGGGUUACCCCAAGGAAAUCUCGCCACGGCGCUUUCUCCUACCAGCAUUCACCCCGACAAGAGCACAAGCAGCCCGCCGCCCAAGAGCAAGGACGAAGCGGCCCAGCCCCUGAACCUAUCGGCCAAACCCAAGACCUCGGACGGAAAGUCGCCCACGUCUCCCUCGUCUCCGCACAUGCCGGCUCUGAGAAUAAGCGGCGGUGCUGGCUCCCUCAAGCCUUCCGUCCCCGCCACCCUUCCUAGUCCUUCGGCCAGAGUUAGCUCAAUAGGUUACCUAAAUGACCACGACGCUGUUACGAAGGCGAUCCAGGAGGCUCGGCAAAUGAAGGAGCAGCUUCGGAGAGAACAACAGGUCCUCGACGGCAAGGUGGCCAUGGUGAACACCUUGGGGCUCAAUAACUGCAGGACGGAAAAGGACAAAACAACAUUGGAAAGUUUGACUCAGCAACUGGCAGUCAAGCAGAAUGAAGAAGGAAAGUUCAGUCAUUCCAUGAUGGACUUUAAUAUGAGCGGCGAUUCUGAUGGAAGCGCCGGGGUCUCCGAGUCUCGAAUUUACCGGGAAUCCAGAGGGCGCGGGAGCAGCGAACCUCACAUCAAGCGUCCGAUGAAUGCCUUCAUGGUGUGGGCUAAGGAUGAGAGGAGAAAAAUCCUGCAGGCCUUCCCGGAUAUGCACAACUCAAACAUCAGCAAGAUUUUGGGGUCCCGUUGGAAGGCGAUGACGAACUUAGAGAAACAGCCAUACUACGAGGAACAGGCCCGUUUGAGCAAACAACACCUGGAGAAGUAUCCCGACUAUAAAUACAAGCCCAGGCCCAAGCGCACCUGCCUGGUGGACGGGAAGAAACUACGCAUAGGAGAGUACAAGGCCAUCAUGAGAAACAGACGCCAAGAGAUGAGGCAAUAUUUUAAUGUUGGGCAGCAAGCCCAGAUCCCGAUGACCGCGGCCGGGGUGGUCUAUCCCGGCGCCAUCGCCAUGGCGGGCAUGGCCUCGCCCCACCUCCCCUCCGAGCACUCCAGCGUGUCCAGCAGCCCCGAACCCGGCCUGCCGGUCAGCCACAGCACUUUCGGCGGGAAAGGCGAGGAGCCCCACGUCAAGGAGGAGAUGCAGGCCGACGACAUCAACGGGGAGAUCUACGACGAGUACGAAGAGGAGGAGGAGGAGGAUGCUGACGGAGAGUUCGGCAGUGACAGUGAAAACCACAUCGCGGGGAAAGGCAACUGAUCCCCGGCGGCCGGUGGGAGGGAAAAGAUAUGGCUCGUCUCGGGAUCUGGGACGGCUUUCAGAGGAGGCUCCAAUCUGGUUCGUCUUUACCGGUGGACAAGCACAUUAACUUUCUCAUACACUGACUGUUACUCUAACUGUUAGUCUUAACUAGUCGGGACGUCAGCCUGCCCCGAGGGGCUCGGAAAGGAAAAUAAAAAAAAUAAUAAAAAAACCAGAAACAAACAAAAAAAAUAUAUAUAUAUACAUAUAUAUAUAUACAACUACAAUAUCGACAACAAGAAAUUGAAAUAAGCUAAGGGUAAAAUAAUGCCAGUAAUUCAGCUGCUAGAUCCAAGCACUGAAAUCUUACCCGUCGACCUUUUUUUUCGUUUGUUUUCAAAUAAACUUUAUGGCUGUUUGUUCUACAACGUUCUAGAAAUUCUCACUCAGGUACACAGUGCCAACAAGUGGCUUGUGAAUGUGUUUUGUUGUUUUGUGCUACAGUUUAAAAAAAAAAAAAGAAAUAAGAUUUUUCUUUUGGGUAAUGCACCUGACAGGAAGAGAGAGAUUUCCCACGAUUCCCUUCCUCUUUCCCCUUCUCGAGACCUUUCGAUAUUUCAGGGGUGGUGGAUGGGGAGGGAAGGAGAAAGAAAAAUUCUCUUUCGGAUUUCUUUGCCACCAACCACCCAAUAAGCGAUUCUUUCUUUCCUAGAGAAAUCCUUUCUCUCCUACCACACUGCAGCUUCAAGCAAGUGCCAAAUUUGUACUGAAGUGUUGAACUAGUUCAUUUCUACUCUUUGAUUUUUCCCGUUCUUUCUCCAGUUAGGACAGCAUUGUGUCUUAGACAAUCCCUUGAAGAACCUGAUAUUACCAGCAGCUGGUGAGAUUUGACUAUUUUUGUUUAAAGGAAACUGUAGGUGCCGUUCUCAGGUGAAAGAGAGAGAGAGAGAAAGAGACAUAAGAAAUUUAGAGGAAAAAAAAAUAU